UUUUGGUUUGACGAUUUUGAUUGGAUUGCAAAUAGGUAUCGAGCUUCGAAUACGGAACGGAACUCUUUUGUUGAUUCUUUCAUUGCGAAACAUGUCUUUGAACUUUUAAACAGAAAACAUCUAAAUUAUGGUGAAGAAAUCGCAAGCUAGAGUGUAAGUUAACGAAACCUGAAGUAUGUCCGCGCGAGGAGACAAAGGGAACGGCAAUGGCGAGGAGCAGAUCGUUGAGACUUUGGCGGAGGUGUUCCGAUGCUUCAUCUGUAUGGAGAAGCUGGUGGAUGCCCACCUCUGCCCGCACUGCUCGAAACUGUGCUGCUACGCGUGCGUGCGGCGCUGGCUCACGGAGCAGCGGUCCCAGUGCCCGCACUGCCGCGCCGCGCUGCACCUCCAUGAGCUGGUCAACUGCCGCUGGGUGGAGGAGGUCACGCAGCAGAUAGAGACCAUGCAACAGACCAACACGGCUACUCAUCGGGAGAGCUUUAGAGAUAGAUGCCCGACCCACCAAGAGAAGCUGACAGUCUACUGUUGGACAUGUCGCCGCUGCAUCUGCCAUCAGUGUGCGCUGUGGGGCGGCACCCACUCGGGCCACACAUUCAAGCCGCUCGAGGAGGUGUACGAGCAACACGUCACUCAGAUCCGGGAUGAGGUGUCUCAGCUGAGGCGCCGGUUGAUGGAGCUGAUCAGUCUUGUGCAGGAUGUUGAGCGCAACGUAGAGUCAGUGCGAGCAGCAAAAGACGAGCGCGUGCGCGAGAUCCGCAACGCCGUGGAGCUGAUGAUCUCGCGCCUGGACUCGGCGCUGAAGGCCAAGCUGCUGACGCUCAUGGGGCAGAAGAACAGCCUCACGCAGGAGACGGAGCAGCUGGAGCACCUGCUGCAGGAGAUCGAGCACCAGCUGCACGCCAGCACCAGAUCUGAACUGAUAGCGAAGAGCGGAGACUUGUCCAAGAUGAUUCACCAAGUGCGCAAGAAGCCCAUGGCCAGCUUUGUGACCGCACCCGUGCCGGCCGACUUUCAUAGCGAAAUAGUCCCAAGCUACGACAGCAGCACGUUCCCUCUGAGCAACUUCACGCAACUGCAGCACGCGGCGGCGCCGGUGUACUCGGGCGCGCUGCACGUGCACGGGCUGUGCUGGCGGCUCAAGGUCUACCCGGACGGGAACGGGGUGGUCCGGGGGAACUACCUGUCGGUGUUCUUGGAGCUGACGGCGGGGCUGCCGGAGACGUCGAAAUACGAGUACCGAGUAGAGAUGCUGCACCAGGUGUCCCGCGACCCGUCCAAGAACAUCGUGCGUGAGUUCGCGUCCGACUUCGAGGUGGGCGAGUGCUGGGGCUACAACCGCUUCUUCCGGCUCGACCUGCUGGCCAGCGAGGGGUAUCUGAAUCCGGACACGGACACACUCAUUUUGAGGUUCCAAGUCCGUCCGCCCACGUUCUACCAGCGCUGCCGCGACCAGCAGUGGUACAUCAACCAGCUCAUCACCAUGCAAAACCAGCACAUACUGCAGAUCAAUGAUCUCAAGGAGCGUCUCUCCCUCGAGAUGUCUCGCAACUCGAUGGCAGCAACCCGAGCGAGCCCGAACACCUCGCCUUCGCAGUCCAAUGCUGCGGCGACUACAGACGCGGAACACCCGACCCAGAAUAAUCCCGUCGAUGGAGCCGCGCCCGGCGAUGCGCUUGUGUUCAACCAGUGGAAGUACAUGGCGUUGAACUCGCUGGUCAGCGGUAGUGGCCAGCGGCUUACUAGUCCUGCAUUGCCAACAGGGAUCCUGAACACGGCGAUGUGUGAAGACUCGCGCAACAACGAGGUGCCGCCUUCGUUCUCGUUCGGGGACUACCCGGCGUUGGAGCGCCGCGACCUGCCCUGCAACCUGCCUUCUACGUCCAGAUCAGCGAACUCCCUGCACGUCGGCGGCGCAGACAGCAUGGCGCUCGUGUCCCUGCACACGCUGCUGUCGGCCGCCGCGCCCCGGAGCAAGCCGCGCCGCCACGUGCCCUGCCGCGAGCACGCCGCGGUGGCGAGCGCGCCGGCGGCAGAGCCCCCCGCGCCCCCCGCGCUGCCCUCCUCCGCGUCCUCCCCCGAGCUCGGCGCGGCGCCCGAGCGGCCCGCGACCAUGUCCGACUGCAGCUCCGACACGCAGCCGGAGCUGAUGUUCAGCGAACUGGAGGUGUUCGCGGACGACGCGCCGGCGCACGGAGACGAGAACUCUAAUGAAGAGAACGACGUUGACGACGAGACCAUGUCCGAUGGCUCAUCAGCGAGCGACUGCGAGUGGUGCGCCGUGAACGAGGCGUGCGACUACACGGGCGAGGGCCGCGCGCCGGGCCACGCGUACUGCCCGUAUCGCCGCGCGCGCCGCCAGCGACACUCGCCGUAUCGCCAGCGCCCGGAUAGAAGCCAGCAGAGGCCAGUGCCGGAUGCGAGCGGAGACAUCAAAAUUACGUUUCAUAUUUAGAUAAAGUAUUUUU